GGAUCGGCCAGCAUCACUGGAGAGCAUGCAACGAAAAAGGUUGACGAGAAAACACUGCAUGCAGACAUGCACACGAAAUGUCGCAUCACGGCACUUUGUGUCCGUUUCCUCGCUCCUUUCGCAUGAUCUGUCUUUUUGUCUGUCUGUCUGUCUAUCCGCAUUUGCCUCCGCCGCAGCCACCCGUGGCCACCCAGGACUCCCCCGAUCCACGGGUCACCGUCAUGGCCGUGAACGACUCAGCGUCCGUCGGGUGGAUCCCUACCAAAGUGUCGAAGUCAUGCUGACACACACACACACACAGGCAGACAGACACACACACACACACAAACGUCUGGAUGUCUGUCUGUGUGUCUGUGUGUCUGUCUGUCCUCUCUCCCCGACCGACCUUUUUUGCCCCCAGUCUGACGGCGAGUGCGAAUCCCUGUGUCAUCUCGCCGGCGUUCUGGCCGACGUAGUGGAACCCCAUGACUCGCUCUCCCAGGCUGCUGACGCAGACCAGCUUCGCGAGGCAUGGAGGCGGCAGGUCGACGUCCAUCUCGGAGGUGCAGGCCUGGGGGUGCUUCUCCCGGUGCGCCGCCGCCAGCUCCAGAGGCAUGAACUCAAACAGAUACGUCUCGAUGUCGUUCUCGCCGUAACGCUCCUGAUAUACAUACAUGAUUGAUGCGACACACAAACAGACAGAGGGAGGGAGGGAGGGUUGACUUAGUGAGUGGGUCGCCCAUUGUGUGGGUGGGGUCUGUCUUACGAUGGCUAUUUCUUCUGAGAUGCCCACGCAGCCGUACUCGAAUGGGGUGAAGAUUGUCGUGGGCACGUUCUCGUAAUCCAUCUGGCGUGGGUGGGGGGCACAUUACACACACACACACACACACACAACGCACAAAAGGCAAGUUCGUCGCCUGUGUCACGCGGCACAUUCUCUCUCUCGUGUAUGUUUCUACCCUGGCUUCUGAUUGGGCGAACAGCCGCCUGGCGAGAAUUUCGCCGGCCUGGAUGGCCACCGGCGUCAACUCAGGCCUGACCACAAACAGGCACACACCACACUCAGCCAAUCGGACACAAAAGCGGCCUUUGUUGUUCUUCUCACUUGCCGAAGAGCACGUCGCCGACGGCGAAUAUGUGGGGAACGUUGGUCUGUUCAUGGACGCACUCGAACUUGCCGUUGGCAGCCGUCUUCAAGCCCGCCUUGUCGAGACCUAUAGGUUGAAAGAGACAACACUGGCCAUGUAUCAUCUCCCUCAAAACAGGCAUCGGUGGCUGUGCUGUACCCAGGCCUUUUGUGUCCGCGUGUCGCCCGGUGGCGUAGAGGACCGUGUCGAAGGCCUCGACGUCUCCAUUGCUGAAGGCCACCUGAAGGAAGGGGAAGAGUGAUCUGUUCCUCGAUCGAGUCCCCUCUAUGUAUGUGAUUGCCGCUCACCUCAACCUGUCCGUCAGGUGUUUUGCUCAUCCUUUUGGGUGUCACUUGCAUCUUAAAUCGGGUGCCCAGAUUGAACAUCAUCUCGCCAACCUGACACAAGCACCACAUACACACAGAUGAAGAAAUGGGCAAUGGUGGACCGACCGACAAGCGCAACAGCCUACACAGUGUCCCCACCUUCUCUGAGCACUGUCUGUCGAAGCCACGCAGCAGGAUGGACCGCACAGCCACCGUCACCUGCAUUGCAUACACCCACUCGACAUGCCAGAAGUGACAGUGACGCCAGCCGGUUUCAGUGUGUGUGUGUGUGUCUGUGUGUGUCUGUGUCCCGCUCGCACCGGAAAGCCGAGCUCUGUGAGGAAGCCAGCGCACUCAAGGGCGAUGUAAGACGCACCCACCACCAACCUGUCACACAAAGCAGACAGGCCUGCUGUUGUGCGGAACCGACGCCAUCUCCUUGUUCGUCUUACGUUUUGCCGGGGGGCCGUUUGAGUGAGAAUAUGUCGUCGGACGUGAUGGACAGCUCCAGGGCACCCGGAACCUCACUCUCAGGGGGGAUCUGCGGCCGCCCCCCCGUGGCAAUGAGGAAGUAGUGGCCGCUCACCGUGGUUGGCUCCUGAUACAGACACACCGGAAGGGAACGAACGAAGGAAAUAUCGGUGUGUGUCAUUGCGUCCUGCACACAGCGGUGUGGUGUGUGUCUUGUCUUGUACCUUGCCCUUGAGUGUGUAGGUGAUGUGGUGGGGCGAUGUGAACUUGGCGAGUGCGUUGAUGUAGGUCACAUUGGCCACCCGCAGGCCCGAACGAUAGCUGAAGUUGAGCGACUUGACGUGAUUCUGCACAGUCUGCACACACAACCAUACACAACCCCACACACGCAACGCAUGAGCGGUCUGUCUUUCUGCCCCCCACACGUCUGUCUGUCUGUCUGUCUGUCUGUCUGUGUGUACUCAUCUCGCUCAUCCGCACCUGCACGAGCGUCGCCCAGUCGUGCUUGACGUCCUUGCCAACCUGCCAGCCGUACUUGGCCGCAUCGUGAUGGAGCUUGCCGCCCAGCAAGGCGCCGUAAUGCAUCAGUUUCUUGGGCACGCACCCCACGUUGACGCACGUCCCUCCAAGACCCCACUUUGUGCCCUGCGUGGAGGGCUUGACGAAGUCGAAUAGGGCCACCUUGGCUCCCUGCAUGGCGGACUCCUUGGCGCAGGCCAUGCCGCCCGAGCCGCCGCCAAUGACGAUGAGGUCAUAAUCAUAUCGCUCGGCGCCAUCCAUCUCGGAGUCCAUCUUCGGAGAAUAUAGAUCUGAUCUGCUGCUUGCUCGUGGCCGAUGUGGCGCCUCACACAAAGGACCAAAGAAGGAGGAAAAUGCCUGGAAGGAAU